AUGGCGCGGCUCUCCGGUCUCCAGCGGGACGUCUUGUCCCUCUAUCGACAAUGUUUGCGGGAAGUCCGCAAGAAGCCCUCGGUAUGCGCCACCCCUCUCCGCUCCUCUCCUCCAACUAACCGUCUGUUCUUUUGCCUGGGACAGGACUCCCAACCCAACUUCAAACGUUAUGCCCGGCGGCUCAGUGCGGAAUUCCAAAAGCAUCUCUCGGUGAAUAAGAAGGAUUUUGGCACCAUCGAGUAUCUACUCCGCAAAGGCCAACGCCAGCUCGAGAUGUAUGCGUCCCCGGGCAUUCGCAACAUCCGAUGA